GAGCCUCGGGUAUCAGAGGAUCAUCACUAGCUGUAGGACGCCAUGAACGACAGGACGGUGUCCCCAAGUUGAAGGGUUUUUGUUAUUAUAAUGUGCUCAGUCAUACGUAUAGUAUCUCCACCCCUACCGCUGGAUGUGCUGCAGAAAAAUAUCUUUACCAGAAGAUAUUUAUUUAUCUGAAAACCCAAAUCACCACACACAAGUUGAAAUGAACGCGAGCUGCUUUACAGUCAGUGACUUGGACUAACUGUCGGCUCCUGGUUAAAGUUGCGGUCAGGACCACCUGGAGGUUGCCUGACCACCUCCUGAUGUCUGAAGACAAUGAGGAAGAACACUGUGUCUCCAGAAAAAGGCAGAUGUAUAAUGCACACCCGAAGGCAAAGUGCUGGGAAUGUGGCAAACAAGUCGAUAAGCUUGAUCUCACACUAUCAAAGCCACAAUGUCAAAGCCACCUGCCACACCUGCAAGGUUACUUUCCGCCGCCUGGCGUUGCUCUCCACACACCUGAAUAAUGCACACUCGCCACCCGUCUGCAAAAAGUGCCAUCAGUCUUUCAGUACCGUGUGGGAGCUGAACAAGCAUGCGGAGACACCUUGCGUGGGCUCUGCGUCAUUUCGUCAACAUUCGACUUUGAUUCCUGUUGUCAAACGUAAAAAGCACAACAGUAACAAUGUUUCCAAUAAGGUGACUGUGCACCGAAAUAAAAAGUCGGUACAAAGUAACUCAGCGUCAAAGUGGAGGCCUAAACAAAGAGCUGAGAGGAAGCCUAAGAGACCUGAGCCAUCAGACAACAGUGUGGAGUAUAUAGUGGCUGAAGACGAUAAUGAUAUUGACAUGAAAAGUGACUGUGAGAACGCAGAUGAUUCAACAAGCUCUGAAUCCGAUGAUGAGGACAACAAACCCUAUAAACGCACCGACUUGUGUCUAGGUGAUUCCGAAUCAGAUGGUGGCUCAAGCUCGACUGAUGAUUCCAGUGACUCUUCUGACAGCCCAAACUCUAAAACAACCCCUGCUCCUCUCCCCAGCGGCAAAAGUUCAGUGUGUACAGUUUGUGGCAGGGGGCCAUUUAGGUCCAUUAAGCUCCAUUUGCUCCACUGUAGAGGCGUAAGAGUGAAAUGUCAGUGUGUUCUGUGCAAGAAGCUCUUUCCAACUGAGGCAGCUCUUAAUGAGCAUCUCAUGCCUUUGUAUACCUGUAACAUCUGCGGUCAAGUUUUCUCUCACAAGAACUUGUACUUUGGUCACCAGUGUCCCGAAGGAAGCACAUCGUCUUUGGUCCUCUUUUGUUCCGAGUCAUUGCCGAAAGCAUGUAACAUAUGCAAAUCCUUUUUCUCCUCUGAGAAGGCUUUGUUGGACCACGUCACCAGAGUUCACAUGUCCGUGGUCAGCACCAAGGUGCACAUUAUUACUGAUCCAUCACUGCUGACUAAUAAAAAAGUCACAGGAGGUGUCCACAGAACAGAAGUGCAGUCAGCCAUAUAUAGUCCGAACAUAGCAAACCAGGCCAUUAAUGGAAAACUCUGUGUUGGCCAAGCCUAUGCCAGGUCUACUGUAGUGAAAUCCAGCUCUUCUCUUUCAACCUCCUCAAUGCACAUCGUGUCUGCUGCUGCACCUGACAAAUUGAGGAACAGUGGUGAACUAAAUAAGCCAACCAACCAGCCUUCGAGUCAUGUAUCUACACCUUUAUUAAUCCCUGCUGCUGCCACUGACACAACUCCAGACACUGCAGCCGCAUCUGACUCUGUUUCUCCGCCAUCGCCCACAAUUCUUGCCAUGUUUGAGAACAGCAGCCAGGAUGUGGCUUUGAUGAAGCAUAUGAACACAGGCUGGCGCUCCAAGGCCUCUCGCCCCUGCCGGCAGUGUGGUGCCGUCCUGCGACAGCCCUCCCUCAUCAUCAGCCACCGCUACCUCCACCGAGGUCGCCGCUUGUACCGGUGCCAGUGCGGCCGAGCUUUUAAGCACCAGCUGCAUCUCCUGCGACACUGCGUCCAGCACGCGGAGGCUGUGAGCUACAUCUGCGUCAGCUGUGGGGACACUUUUACUGGAGCUAAACUCUUAGCUCAGCACCUGAAGGGCGACACGCUGGAAAAAUCCUGUUCUGGACAAAAGUGGAAAAAUAAAGUUAAGACCAAGUGCCGAAUGGCGUUUACAUGUGACUGUGGACAUAUUUUUUUCAGACCAUCGGCUUACAUAUGGCAUCAACUUAAAAACAGGACAAAAACUAAACAGUUGAAGAAGCCGGUGAAAUGACCAAGGAACUCUUUAAGUUUUUCAACAAACGAGAGAUUUCACGCAGGUUGUCACUAUUUUUGUUUAAUUCAUGUUACCAAGAGACAGAAUCAAAGCAAAAACACAUUCAUUCUUAAUAGCUUUGGAAUCUAAGCAUGUCCUGGCUGGUUGUUUUCACCACGUGCAAAUGAUACAUAGUAAACAGAGUGAGAGUAAGUUCCUUAUAUGUUGUUUUGAGUACAAAUGAACCUACAAGGAACUGUUUUCAGUAUUGGAUUCAGUUAAAACUAGAGGUCGACCGAUAUAUCGGCCGGCCGAUAUUUUGGGCCGAUAUAUGGACUUUUUUCAAUAUCGGCCAUCGGCCGAUAUUUACAAAUAAAAAGCCGAUUUGUGAUCAGGCACCCGUAGGGGCAGCUGCCGCGAUUACCGUUGAUGCCAAUUUCAUAUUAAACUUUUGUGUUUUAUUUUGUGGUUUAUCUAAAGAUUUGUAAUGUUUAACUGCACUACGUUAUUUAAUUUAAUUAGCAUUUGUUACAGUUUUUAUUUUGUGAUCAUGUUUAUCUUUUGUACUUGAACAAGCAAUUGCACUUUCAGGUUACUUUUUAAUUGUAUUUUUUGUAAACUUUAAGUUUUUUUUUAUGUUAUUGUACUUUUUUCACUUUUUGUGUUCAAUAAAUGUUAGAGUUCUACUAGUGUAUUUAAUUUGUAAUAUAUACAUGUAUAUACUUUUAGUGUUUAAAUUGCCUUUUGUAAUCGAUGUGCUUUUAAAAAAAAAAGGAUAUCGGCCUUAAAAAUCGGCUUCUACAAUCGGCUUUAGAUAUCGGCCAUCGGCUGAAAAUUUUUUUAAAAAUCGGUAUCGGCCUUUGAAAAUCCCAUAUCGGUCGACCUCUAGUUAAAACACAUGAAAACUCCAGUUUAUCCUCCAGAAAAAAGUAAGUCCAGUUUUGCAAAUGUUUUGUCACAAAGUGCAUUCUUAUCAGUGAGGUUUGUAUGGAAGUUUGAGCCCUCUUGUUUUCUGUUUUUAGUUUAGCCAAUUCAGACUUUGCGCUCCUUUGAGACACCGAAGAGGUCUUGAUAUUCAGGUUGAAAAUAGCAUAGGACUUUUUUUAAUGGUUGUUAUAUAAUCAUCAUGAUUUUAACUUUAAUAGUACAAAAUAAUUUGUUAUUUCAUGUCCACUAGAUGGAGCAGCUGGGUUGCCAAAAUAUGAGCAAACAAGGCAACUUGAGCUCAAGUUUAAUUGUUCUCAGAACAGGUGUAAACUGCGAGAUGCUUUUCCUGCAUCAGAUGAUUACAACCUAAAAUGUAGAUGUUAAUCUGUGAGUUCUGUUUGAAAGCCGAUGAAAUCCAACAGACAGAGUUUUAAAUAAAGUUUUCUCUCCAUAAUAUUUGGAAUUGA